AGGAGGAGAGGUAAACUGACAUUUUAAAAGCAACUGAAAAAUUAGGGUAACAAAAAUUCAGUUGGGACUGUCUUCUCCUAUGAAGAGAGUUGGAGGGUGUGUAGUUGCUUUGUUUUAUGUAAUCAUGUUGACACUUACCAGCUAAAUUCACUAUUUGAAGUGCUAUAAAAGUCCAAAACAUUGCAAGAAGACAAUAUAAAAGGUUACUGUAAUACUUUUAUUUAUAACAUUUUAUUUUGAGGUGUUUUGAUUUUUAAAUUAUGCAGUUUCUCUUGAAAGGGGGAAAACAUGAAAUGCAAAACAGCAGAUUACUUCCGUUUUGGUUUUGAAACAAAAAGCAGCAGACACUACACAGUACUACCGUAGGUGAACAAAUCUGAUUUGUGGGUAGGAUAGAAUAUUUUCCCACUGCCUAUGUUAUUUUUCUUUGUAUUUUUGCAUUCUCUUAAUCUAAAUGAGGAAGGUGCCUAAAAGGCAAGAGAAAACCAUUUGAUGGCAACAAAGUCUCUUUCAUUUCCUUGAAGAUCAUGAAGUGAAGACAUCUGCAGGCCAUGAACACGGGCAGUUUGACACUGGAUUUUUUCCUUUUGAUGCUGAUAGUGUACAAGCCAUGUCUGUAUGGGAAUGAGGCUGAAAACUGCUCCAUUGACGUUACUAUCAAGAGAGAAACCAAGAUAUCCAGCAUUUCUGGUGAUUCAGUUACUAUAGAGUGCCCUGUGAAAUACUGCCACAAACAGCCUAAAGUGAAUUGGUUAAAGUAUAAUGCAAGGCUCCAGGAUUUCUUCAUUUUGCAUACUGGACAAAAUCAUAACGAGUCAUGGAUAAAUGGGAACAUUUUUGUUUUGAAAUUUCCAUAUAUUAAUAGAAAUGAUAGCGGACUGUAUCGUUGUGAAGCAACUUUGGAAGGAAAUACCACUGCGGGCCAUGCAAUAGAAGUUGUUGUCCAAGGUAGGCAUCAUUAUCGCAACAUCACUGGAUUUGAAGGUGCUAAAAAUACUACAAAAGGUCAUGCAGCAUCUGAAAAGAAUAAGAUAUUGAUUGUUUAUAUCCUGUCAUCUUUGGGAGCAUUGGGCCUUCUCUUUGUUUGCUGCUUUGGUCUGCUUCAGUCUAAACGGAGGCAUCAAGUGAAAAACAAGACAACUUCAUCUACCUUAGAAAUAGAAAUGAAUGAGGUCUGUGACUAUAAGAAUGUCAAAUACUGCAGUGAUGCUACUAGUCAUGUUUCCAAUGAGGGAUCUGUUCCUCCCUUGCAACUGUUUCCAGAUGACAGUGCUACCCACAACAAUCUAAGCAUCUGCAAGAAGUCUAAUAGGACAGCAUCAAAACCUACAUGUGAUAAAUCUGUCACCAACCAGCUGUUGCCUACCAAUCAAGAUAUCCUUGUUUAUGCAACGCUGAACCACAAAGAAUAUUUCCAGGGAAGCAAUCUCUUUGUAGAAACUGAUUUCACUGAAUAUGCUGCCAUUAUGGUGAAGACAUAAAUCCAGAUAACUCCUCACUGGUUCCCAUGGUAUCAUGUCUUCUUUCUGACUCAACCAGGUUUCACACAAGCAACACUCUGAUAAUUGAUUAGUAUAUGCUUUCAUGAUUAUCAACCAAUCUCUUUCCAUUAGCAUUUACUUUUUGUCAUAAUCAUUGAUCAGUAAAAUAAGUCUCAUGCUCAUUGACCAGUCUAUGCUAAUUUCAUACAUUUCUCUACAGGCUCUUAUUACCAUAAAUACUGCUCUAAUCAAAACAUAAUAUGUUGGACUGCAUAAAUGGUCUGAUAUUCUUUUACAAAAAAAUUCCUUUUGUAAAGAAAGCAAAUGAAUCCCAUGUCUACUUCUGAUAAGGUUUAGCAAUAAUCACAACAGACUGAUCAACUAUAACUCUGAGAAACUGAAACAUCUGUCAUUUCCUUGCCAAUUACUACGAAAUCAUGGGAGAGUUUCAGUGUACAGAAUGAAUGUAUAUAUUUUCUAUUUGCUGAAAAUAAAAUGAACAUACAGUAGAGUCUCACUUAUCCAACACUCGCUUAUCCAACGUUCUGGAUUAUCCAAUGCAUUUUUGUAGUCAAUGUUUUCAAUACAUCGUGAUAUUUUGGUGCUAAAUUCGUAAAUACAGUAAUUACUACAUAGCAUUACUGUGUAUUGAACAACAUUUUCGGUCAAAUUUGUUGUGUAACAUGAUGUUUUGGUGCUUAAUUUGUAAAUUCAUAACCUAAUUUGAUGUUUAAUAGGCUUUUCCUUGAUCUCUCCUUAUUAUCCAACAUAUUCGCUUAUCCAACAUUCUGCCGGCCCGUUUACGUUGGAUAAGCGAGACUCUACUGUACCUUUAUUUGUUGUUUUUAAAGUAAAUAAAUGACUAACUGGUGUUCUCUUUUGGCAAUCAAACUAGAGAUGCCAAAAAAAAACUAUAAAAUGAUAGAUUGAAUUAUUAUAGUCCCAAAAAAGAGAUAAGGAAUGUAUCUGGCAAUACAUAUAUAGUUGUGGGAUAUAUACUAUACUACUCAUUAUAAUGGCAUGCAUUAAUAUGGCUUUCAGCAUAAUUUAUAUGUGGAUGUUAACAUCUCUAUAUUAAUGUGCCUUUGAAUCUUGGCUAACUAUUUUAGGCAAACUGAAGCUUUCCAGAUUAUGAGUUCAGUAGGGUGCACAGCACUAAGUCCCUUCCACUGUUACAAUCUUGUUAAAUUUACGGAAGAACAUAUGGGCCCCUUUCAGACCAAAUCCAUUCUAAUUCAUGGGAAAAUGUUCAUCAAUAUUUAACUAUAAUAGAAUUUUUUUUAGUAUCAAGAAACAUAGAAGAGAAGAAUUCUAUAGUAUUGCAUUACUAUUUCAUUCCAUCACAUUUUGCUAAACAAUUUGCAUACCUAUGUUGAUUCCAAUGUCCAUUAUUUAUUCUCCUUUCUAACUCUUACUGUUCCCAAUGCUUUUAUUACUUUUAUCAAGAAUAAAUCCAGUGAAUCAA